AUGGAAGGAUUCACCAACUUUCUUCAGGUGAUGGAAACAAAGGUCGAUUUGUUAGCAAGAAAAGUGGAUCUAUUGACCUCAAAAAUGGACUUGUGUGCGACAAAUGUAGAUUUGUUGACCUCAAAGAUGAAUUUGUGUGCGACAAAUUCAGAUCUAAAGGCGAUGUUAACCUCAAUGAAGGGUAAGAAUGUUCCUGCCAAGAAGACUCUUGCUAUGGCUGCUUCAGAUAGCGAGGACUCAUCUGACAGUUCGUCUUCAGAUGAUAUAGAGCUUUGUUUCCGUUUCCUAAUCAAAAUUGUUAUACAAUUGCGGCCUUCUUACUUUAUAAUUAUAUUUGCUUACAUUGAUCUAAAAGAAGGCGCAAAUAAGGCAUUGGAACUUAAUGGUAGUGACAUGGCAGGAAAGGAACUUGUAGUUAAGACGGCUCUACUAAUGAGAGAUUCAUACCUUGGCUAUUCUUGUAAUGGAGGUAUUGGCGGCCGUUUUGGUGGACGUUUUGGCAGUGUUGGAGGUAUAUUUGGUGGUGGUCGUUGUGGAGGUCUUGGCCAGUAUUAUGCACAAGUAUAG